AUGACCUACGAUCCGAAGCUCCAAGGUCUCGAAUACCACGGCUGCUUCGUCAAGGACCCUCAGCUAACUCGCCAUGAUGGUUCUCUAGACCGGGAUUCACUUAAAAGACAAGUCUACCGGCAAGCUCAACAAGAUACUACCGAAGGCGACUACAACAUUGACUACAGCCUACUACCCAGCGUUAUUCUGGUAGCCAACAUUCGCACCUUCAGCAAUAAUCCAUCACACUCGCCCGUAGCUUCCGGUCCAAAGCUACUGACAAUGUCUCUGGCCGUUUCUUUGCUACCUGACGCACACCCGAACGAUAAGUUCCCUCUCUAUAUACAAGACGCUUCGCUGCUGAAUGCGGAGCAACUCAAAUUUUAA